CUGGGUUUGAAAAAGACAAGAGACGUGUUAUUAUAAAAGCAAGCAAAAACUCCACUAUCACCUCACCAUUUCACAGGAGAAGCAAGAUGUGGCCUUUACUGUUUCUCAUAGGUGCCACUUCAGCUUUUGCUGAAACAACGGUUCACAGAUUUGAUGGGGAAAAGGUUUACCGUGUUACACCUCGCAAUGAAGAUGAAGUACAUUUGCUCAAUUACUUAGCCAAUAUUGUGCAGGUUGACUUUUGGCGACCAGAUUCUGUUGAACUAGUGAAAGCAGAAAUGACUGUUGAUUUCCGAAUUGAAGCAGACAGAUGUUCUGAAGUUGAGAGCAUUCUACAGCAACAUGGACUGAAUUAUGAAAUUUUAAUUGAUAAUCUUCAGGCUGUCCUUGAUAGGCAACUGGACAAUCACGCUCGGGCCGCUGGAUACAAUUAUGAAAAAUAUAAUAGAUGGGAAAAGAUAGAUGCUUGGACAGCUGAUAUUGCCAAUGAAAAUCCAAGUCUUGUUUCCCGAUCACAAAUAGGAACAACCUUUGAGGGACGUCCAAUGCAUCUCCUGAAGGUUGGAAAGCCUGGUGUAAAUAAAAAAGCUAUUUUUAUAGACUGUGGCUUCCAUGCCAGAGAAUGGAUCUCACCUGCUUUUUGCCAGUGGUUUGUACGAGAGGCUGUUCGAACCUAUGGAAAAGAAACCAUUAUGACUCAGCUUCUGAAUAAGUUAGACUUCUAUGUCUUGCCUGUCUUGAAUAUUGACGGUUACGUCUAUUCUUGGAUACAGAGUCGCAUGUGGAGGAAGACUCGUUCUGUAAAUGCUGGUAGUACAUGCAUUGGUACUGAUCCCAACAGAAAUUUUGAUGCUGCAUGGUGCACUGUUGGUGCUUCAAGAAAUCCCUGUAGUGAAACCUAUUGUGGUAGUAAACCUGAAUCAGAAAAGGAGACCAAAGCUUUGGCUGACUUCAUUCGAAGAAACCGCUCAACUAUCAAGGCUUACUUGACCAUUCAUUCUUACUCCCAGAUGCUCCUUUAUCCAUACUCUUAUACUUAUGAUCUAACAUCAAACAAUGCAAAACUGAAUUCUAUUGCUAGAGCAGCCAUCCGAGAACUAAAAGUACUGUAUGGCACUGAAUAUACGUAUGGUCCAGGAGCUGCAACAAUUUAUCCUGCUGCUGGUGGCUCAGAUGAUUGGGCUUAUGACCAGGGUAUAAAAUAUGCCUUCACCUUUGAACUUCGUGACAAAGGCCGAUAUGGUUUUGCUCUUCCUGAAUCUCAGAUAAAGCCAACUUGUGAAGAAACUAUGAUUGCUGUUAAAUAUAUUGCUGAAUCUAUGCUUUCUUUGAACUAAAAAAAUAGCUUUCCAAGCUGAAUAAAUAAAAUUUAAUGCACAA